CCAGAAUCAGCUACAGGUACACCUAUACACAUACACCUACACCAUCUUGUUUCCUCCUUCUCUCCCCGAAACGAAGAAGAACCAAGUUCUUCAGGAGCCGAUCAUGAUUAGCGUUCUAGCUCAGGAGCGGUUGCUGGGGGCCGCACUCGGAAGCAUAUUCACUGGAAUGGUAGUAUUCGAGCAGCGAAGAAGCAUUUAUAAGUCCAUUUCAGAUACUCAGCCUCAAUUAAACUCCCAAUUUCAGCAGGUGAGAGAGCCCAUAUUUGGAAAAGAAGCUCGCUCGGAGCUUGCACGAAUGUGGAACAAAGGUGUAGACCAGGCGUUUGGACCUGCAAUCCAGUAUCUUAGCUCCCACGGAUGGUAGAUUUUGUGCAAUACCAUUCCCAAUCAUAUACAAUGUAUGUAUGGACCCUCCUCAUUCAUACAAUGUUACAACAUUCAUUACUUUGAAUCAUUUGCAUCUUGAGACAAUGACCUUGAUUUUCCAAGGUCUUACUAUACUAAUAAUAAUAAUAUGGCCUUCUAUUCUUUCCCUUGUUUGUUCUUCAAAUCUUUUCUUUUUUUAAUCAAUUUGCUCUUAAUACCAAACAAUUAUUUUGAUUAAGAUUUUCCAUUAAUAGCAAAAGAAAUGUCAUAAACCUUUGCUUUCUCUAUUGCAUGCUUGUGUUUAUUUCCUUCCAUUUUUCUUUGUUUCUGUCAGAUAAUAAAUAUAGUCGAAUUUAAGAUAAUAAGAUGACCACAUCAAUAAAAGCACUCGUAUUAGGUGAUGUCUAAUAAAUAUGGGGACACUACUUUUUGUAUACUUAGUCAAAUUAUGACUCAAUUUAUAAAAAAAAAUGAAUAAUUUAUCUGCUCAAAAUAAAAUUCAAACACUCAGCUAUAUGUGUGUUUAUUUUAUAUAUAUAUUUUUUUAUAUACACGUGUAAUUGACCAUUUUGAAAUAAUGUUUUUAGCAUUUAAAAUUGUUGAAAAUUGGUUACAAUAAUACAAUGUAAUGUGGACUAUUAUAUGAAAAUAUUAGGCCAUAAUUUCUCUAAAUACUGAAAACAAAAAUACUUUUAUCCUUGAAAACAAAAGUUACACUUCUAUUAUUAUUGCUCAUAUAUAUGUGUUAAAUUAUAAAGAAAUAGACUCCAGAAGAUGAAGUAUUUUACUCUUUUUGUUUAGUUACAUAUGGAGAAAACUAUUUAGAGCUGCAAAAAGUUAUUUUAUUAAUGUCUCACCCAUAAUUUCCUCUUCUAAGAAGUAUAGAAACGAGGCUAUUUAAUAUUUUUGUCCAUGAACUAUGACUUAUGUAUUAUUGUGCUUUUGGAUUUUUAGGCGCGUUAAAAAUAGUUCUUGAAUUAUUUACAGUGUUGUAAAUUGAUCAUUUUCUUAAGUUUUUUCACACGUGGCAAAUAAAAUGAUAGCAUGGCUGCUUAGUCAAUUGUUACGUGAGUACCAUGUCAAUACUACGUGUGUAAAUAAUUUGAAAAAAUAAUUUAAUUUUUUUAAUUUGAUUUUACGUAAUUUUUUUAAUCAUUAAUUAAUUUUUAGUUUAAUAAUUUUUUAAAAAUGUAUAAUUUUUAUUUUUUAAUGUUAAAUUAUACACGUGGUGUUGAUGUGAUAAUUGUCUAAACAACUGUGUCAUCAUUUUGUUUGACACAUGUGAUAAAAUCUGAUAGAAUGACCAAUUUAAAAUACUGUAGGGGCUAUUUGUAACAUGCUGAAAAAUUCACGAGACAUAAUAAUACAUGUCAUUGUUUGAGAGAAAAAAGUUUUUAUUUUGACAUUGGGAGAUGGGGGAUUCGAACUUAGAAUAUCCUCUUUGUGAGAAUGAGAAGAAGUAUGAAACUAAUAGGUUAUGUCUCCGACCAUGGAAACAAAAAUUUUAAAUAACUUAAAUACUAUUGAACGAACAAAGUCAUGUCUUUGAUUAUUAUAAAUUAACAAUUAACAAUUCAUCAAUCCCAUUUUAAGAUUCUUUUUUCUCGUGGGACCAAUAUAAUUUAUAACUAAGCUAAUUUCAUUACAAACUAAUCGUUUUACAACUAAACAAAACAUAAAUCUCUAUAUAUUUGUUCUCUUCAGUCCUAUUUCUACUGCCCUUUCUCUAAUAUGAAACUUCAGUGGCCACAUUUCAAUAUUGCUUUAGUUUUAUUGUGGUAAAAUAAUUAUGGUUCUCUGCCUCAAACAUAUAUAUAUAUAUAUUUAUAUUACUAGAUGGGAGGAAUGUGAACUGUGAAGAAUGAAAUAAUACUAAUAUUACUAGAUUAACACUGAAUCCAUAGAUACAUUCCACAUAUCAUAACUUGAACUAACAAAAAAUAAAGAGUUUAAAAGUGAUAGAUAGACAAAGAAAAAACCAUUAGGUAAAGACAGGUUUGUACUUUGAACACAUAUCAUUAACAAGCAUCAUUAGGUAAUUGAGUUUGGGUAGGCUUAGCACGACUCGUGUUAUCUCUACGAGUAGCAACAACAUAGUAGACACUCAUAGCUAGUAACACAGCAAAUGCUAAGCCAAACACAAUCCCAACAAUCCCACCAGCUCCUAAACUGCUCUGUCUGUCGUGUCGAGUCAACAUUUUGUUUUCUUGAGCACCAUUGGCUUCAAUUUGAGCUGCCAUAGGUAGCGGGGAGCAAUUUGACUCGGUGCAGGGUUGUGUUUCUCUUUUGUUGGGAUUGGUUUGUUGUUUGGUGGGGUGGAAGAAAUCAUAUGCUGAUGGUGAGAAGGCCAUUGGGGAUUCAUUGGCUAGUCCAUGUGGGGCUCUGCCUUGAGCAUUGGCUAUGGAUAGUAGCAUUAAGGUUAGAGAAGUGGAAAAGAGUAGGAGAGAAAUUGUUGUUGUUGAAGUCAUGUUUAGCUUUGAUGGGUUGUUUAGAUUUAUCACUUUUGUGUGUGUAAAGAGUCUAAGUGGUUCUUUUGUGGGAUAUUGAGUU